CGUCAGCCAUGUUUUGGAAAUUUGACCUACACACAGCUUCUCAUCUGGAGGCUUUACUGGACAAGGAGGAUGUCACGCUCACCGAGCUCAUGGACGAGGACGAUGUGCUGCAGGAGUGCAAGGCUCAGAACAGGAGACUCCUUCUGUUUCUAUGCCAGGACCAGUGCAUGCAGGAGCUGGUCCGCAAAAUUACCACCGAGCCUCCUGCUGGUAUAGAGGAGACCAAGCGAUUCAAGUAUUCAAAUAUCGCAUGCGAGCUGUUGACGAGUGACGUGGGUGUGAUCAACGACAAGCUGGGCAAUGAGGAUCCUCUCUUAGAAACCUUGUAUGGCUUCCUGGAGCAACCGGCCCCUCUCAACCCCCUACUGGCGUCGUUCUUCAGCAAGACCAUUGGGAACCUCAUUGCGCGAAAGACUGAGCAGGUGAUUAGUUUCCUGCGGCGGAAGGAGGGAUUCCUCGCUUUGGUUCUGAAGCACAUCGACACGUCGGCCAUGAUGGAUGUCCUGCUUCGACUUAUAAGCUGCGUGGAGCCGCCCCCUCUUCGACUGGAGACUCUGACUUGGCUGAAUGAAGAAAAGCUGGCCCAAAGACUCAUCGAAAUCAUUCACCCGGAGAUGGAUGACGAGAGGCAGUCCAACGCAUCUCAGACUUUGUGCGACAUCAUCCGUUUAAGCAGAGACCAGGCCAAUCAGCUUCAGGAGAUGUCACAGCCCGACCCGCUGCUGACCGUGCUCGAGUCGCAGGAGUGUGUGGAGCGGCUGCUAAGGAACAUGUUCUCAGGGGACAGGACCGAGAGCUGCAUCAUCAACGGGAUUCAGGUGCUGCUCACUCUGUUGGAAAUCAGGAGGCCUGUCGUGGAUGGCGUCAUGGACACGCAGGGCUUUGAGAGAAGUUACAACAUUAACAGCAGCAUCCUUCUGGCCAUUAAGCCACACUUGCUUCAUUUCCACCAGCUACUUUUGGAGCCUCCCAAACGAAAUCCGAUGCUGACGACUUUGGGCGUGCUGGAGGAACCUUUGGGGAACACUCGGCUGCACGUGGCCCGACUCGUGGCCUCCCUGCUGUACACCAGCUCGGCCAGCCACGCGGUCAUCGCGCAGGAACUCUGCCGCCUCAAUACAAUGGACCUGCUUUUGAACUCCUUCUUCAAGUACACGUGGAACAACUUCCUGCACCUGCAAGUGGAGCUAUGCGUGGCGGCCAUCUUGCGGCCCUGUGCCCACGAAAUGAGACUUCAGCCUGGACUCCUCUCCCAAGACGUCAAGGCUCCUCAGCAGGACCAGGCUUCGGCGGACGUCCUCGGGACCCACGACGAUUCUGCACAUCAAUUAUUGGUGACGCAUUUGUUUCAGCAUUGCCGCCUCGUUCAGAGGAUUCUCCUGGCCUGGGAAGAGAACGAUAAAACCCAGUCAGAAGGCGGAAUGAGGAGAGGCUACAUGGGGCAUCUGACCAGGAUCGCCAAUACGGUUGUUCACAAUCUGGAGAAAGGCCCGGUUCACACCCAGAUUAGUAAUCUCAUCAGCGAGCUACCUGAUGACUGCAGAGGGCGCUGGGAGACUUUUGUAACGGAUACACUUUCAGAGACCAACAAGAGAAACACCAUCGAUCUGGUCGGCAGCGGUAAUCCGCGGCCUUCCUCGGAAGACGACAUGGAAAGCCCCUUCCCAAAAGAACUGACACUCCAGCAGGCUUUCUCAGAUUACCAAAUUCAGCAGAUGACGGCAAAUUUCGUGGAUCAGUUUGGUUUCAACGAUGACGAGUUCACCGAUCACGACGACGGCAUCGGGGCGACAUUUAAUCGAAUCGCAGAGAUAAAUAUCAACAUCGACGUGGGCCAAGACAGUACCAAUACGGCUUCGUUUGACGCCUGCGCCAAGGAGAGGAUACAAGCCUUUGACGAUGACGAAGAGGACAUCUGGGAGGAUAAAGAAUUCAACUAUGCAACACAAACCAAGUCAAGAAACAGGUUCGGCGGGUCGCAGGCAGCCCAAGGCCAAGCUCCGCCCGGCCGAGCGUGCGAGAGGUCGGCAACUUCCGACAAAGCGGCGAGCUCGGAUUCGGACGAAGGAGAGGAGUUGAAAGACGACAUGGACCCUUUCUCCAGUCAGACAGAGGCCGCCGCAACGGACUCGGGCUGGAUUGCGGACUUUGGGGAGGUGAACUCAAAAGCUCCGGCGGCAGGCAUGGGCUUUGCAGCCUGGGACAGUCCGCAGCCCGCCGCUACUAAAACAGAGGAGAAGGGCUGGGCCAAGUUUACAGAUUUCCAGCCUUUCUGUUGUUCUGAAGCUGGCCCCCAAUGCAGCUCCCCCGCGGCCUCGGACCUUAGCGCCAAACCAAGCCAGAAUCCCUGCGUGUGGAGCGUAUGCGGGACGAGGAAAGCUCCCCUGGUGGCGUCGGACAGCUCCUCCUCCAGCAGCUCCGACACCGACGAAGACGAGAACAAAAUGGGGUCCGCCCGCGCGGCCACCACCGAGACCCUCAACAGGGGCGACGGCAAGGAAACCAUCCGGCUGACUGUGGACGCCAAGAACGAGCGUGCCGUGUUCAGCAGAGUAUUCCGACCAGCCACUCGACGUCACGCAGAGAAGACACCAGAAGGGAAAGGACAUGAGGGGGAUGCGGAAUCUGGAAGGAAAAACGGAGACUGCCCAAGUCCUAGCCAGCAGCCGGCUGCUGUCACACAAGAGAAGCAGAACUCCGCCAACGGACCGGCCUAACCGGCAUCAUCGCCAAUAUGGACGACGGGCCCUUCAACGCGCAACCUCGCUCUUUGUUCUAUGAUUUCUCUUAGCGGCCAUGUUUGUCAGUCCGGCGGCUCGUCCCCGCUUGCACGUCCAACAGCCAAAUGAGGUUACACAUUAAUGAUCGGCCCGAGACGAAAAAAGUCGGUGGGUUUAUCUUGCGCAUGAAUCAGAGCCUGGUCUGAGUUUCGCAACAUUUGACUUGUUGGAAAAAGAAAAGUACAAAAACACCACAAAUCUAUUUUUAUUUUUUUUUCAUGUCAGAAUUUCAACUAAACUGUAUGCGCAUUUAAUCCAUAUCCUUAAUAUCCAUCUUAAGGUCAUGGGGGAAAAAAAAAGUUGUUCUAUCAGUGCGUCCUGUGCAUGGACGUUAAAGUACAUAUCAAGGAUACGGUGACGGGCAAAUAUUUAUUUAUAUUACGAAAUAGCGCAUCAUGCGUGUCAGUCACUGCUCUACUUUAAAACGUGCGUGUGAGAGUGAGCUCUGUCCCAGGUGCAGAGGUUACUCUCAGGUCCGAGGAGAGGUAUGCCUGAUCCAAAAAGAAAGCACACCGGAACACACACACACACACACUGUAUUAUAAAUAAAGUAAAUAAACAUCCUCCAAAAAGACACACGUAAGUGCAUGCUGCCAUUCAUACCCGUCCUCCUCCUCAGAACCUAUCAGUGUACUUAUUGUGAUAUUUGCUCCUGUAUUAGAUUGUGGCUACUCUUGGUAAUAAACGUAAUAUCAAUGUAUAAUAUACACAUAUAAUCAUAUCUAUUUUUGAAACAAAAGAUGGAAAAAUGUAAUGUGUGUGUAAACGUGCGUUUUGUGUGUUGUUGAAAUGAGGCAAUAAUGAUGUUUUUUUUUUUUUUUGGUAUUCCAGCAUCAAUUCCAGAGGAGUGUGUGCUUGUGUAGUCUUCCAUAAUAUUGCGCGAACAACUUUGUAGCGCGUUAGCUAAUCAGCUGAGAUAUUUUUUUUUUUGCAUAGGCAUUAUCUUGUUGGUACUUAUAUGAUGUCAAUGACAAAAUAAAAACAGCUAGUACCCAG